GAGGAUCUGUACUUGUGCACUACUUGGAUUCCGUUUGCGACUUCACGCAGUGCAGUACGGUACUGCAUCCAAAGGGGCGUGUACAUACACGAUGCAUUUUAAGAAAAGGGAAUAAUAACUGUUCGUUUCGAGGCAGACAGCUGUUUAGGAGGACUUCUGUAUAUUUAACACUAUUUUGGGGGGUGGGAAGAGGAAGAAUGAAAGAGGCCUUCCAACGGAGCGGUCGUAAACAUGAACGGUGCACUUUACAUUUCGUUUUUCCAAGGUCAGCUGGAAUCCGCACUGGAGCAGGUAGUGCAGCUCGCCGUUCAGGAAAUCACCAAGACUGUUGGGGCCACUUUGAAUUCAAUGUUACUGGAAACGGCCACUAAAGAGCAGGAAAAUCUGCGUUUGAGGGCGACCCUUCAGUCCCGUGAGCUGAAGUACGUAGGCAAAGGAAAAAGCAAUGCGUCUAAGGGACGAAAAGACACGAACGAUGGAACAAAGCAACGCACCCCGAGUCAGAGCACUGAAUGUGGCAUGCAGUCUGAGACGCUCAGGCGUGAACAGAAAGGGCGAGCAGUUGGUCAGUUAAAAGCUGUUAUGGAACACGUGUUGGAAUUCGCUAUUUGUGAGCUGACCAAAAUUGUGGAAGAUAGCUUUGACGACCUGCUCGUGGAGUUCACCAAGAAAGAGCGGGAAAACCAGAUACUGAAAGAGCAGCUACAGGACAAGGACAAUGAGGUGGUUGCUGCAGAAACAGAAGACUGUGAAAACGACUCAGACUCUCCAAGCAGUUCCAAAGUGGAAAGGCAAGAGUCACAAGGCGUGCCGGACCAAUCAUCACUCAAAAAAGCAUGGGAAAAGGAACAGACGGAAACCACCAAUGAAGCAGACAAGCAGGCUGUCAUUGCAGUGGCCCAGGACUGGGUACCCAUAUUAGAUAAAGUCUUUGGGCAAAAGUGGUGCAGCGACCUCUUUCAGAUCAAAGAGGUCACGACCAGUAAGGAGGAAUGCACUGGGCUUGGCUCAGGACCGAUGAGCGACAUGAACAGUUUAAUUCGGGAGACUCUCAUGCCAUCUUGCCUGGCCUCUCAGAGGAAGCUGGAGCUUGAGGUGGGGCAGCUGCCGUGGUUGCAGGCAGAAGAUAUGGAGGUUGUUUCUCUAUCCUCGGACACAAAAGGCAUUCCUGUUGUCAGUUCCACAGGCGAUAAUUCUCUAAUCAGAUCUCCAUCGAUGUUGCAAAGACUCUUGACUCUCCCGUCCCAGUUGCUUGAGGAUGAUGAGCAGUCCAUGGAUGCUGCUCCCAGUCUGGAAGUGUCCCUGGAUCCGUCAGAUUCACAAGUCAGCAAAGGACCAAAGAGUGAUCAGAUCCCAGCAAAUAAGAUAAAAGAGCAGAAGAACCUCGAAGAGGAUGACGAUGAAGACGAGACAAGAGCUCAUGAAUUGGAUGAGCGCGAAUCCUCAAAACACAAAGGUAGGAGGAAGUCCCAUGCUUGCAAUGAGUGUGGCAGGAAGUUCAGCCGCAUGCAUCUUCUCAAAGCCCACCAGCAAACACAUGAGGAGAUGCCCAAUCAAUGUCCACAGUGUGGAAAGAGUUUUUCCCAGUCGUCAAAGCUCCAAGCGCACUUACGAACGCACACAGGCAAAACUAUAUGAAGAAAUGUAGAUGAGAGGGGAACAAAUUCAAAUGGGAAAUUAUGAAUGGAACAGUGAUGGAUAGAUGUUUCCCAGUAUUUGUUGAUUCUAUGAGUGGCUCAGCUAAAUCAUGAGCAGAAUUCAAUUCGGGGCUGUCAGAUUUGCUUCGAAUUCAGAAUUUGGUGCUCAAGGCUGUCAAAACUUGGUUCAUGGAGCUUUCAAAUUCAUUUGAAUUUCUGGUGAAGGAAAUCUACAUCACAUUGUAGCCCUUUUGCUUAUUUGAAGGUACUCUGAGGGAAAAGAAAAAAAGAGUUUGUUAUCCUUCAACAUUUAUUGAAAGAAAUGCCAGUAACUACAAGCUGUGUAUAUCCAAACUGGGUGUAUAGACCAUCACAGUAAGAAGAAAAGAAUUCCUUUUUCUGUGGGCAAAUAAUUUCACAAUACAAAUUUUAAAACUUUGUAAAUAUUUAAAAGCGAUGUAUAAAACUGAAUGUGAAUUUCAACAAUCUAGUCAGUGACUAUAGCUGAGAAAUCCUAAAUGGAAAGAUAAGAGUGUGCAGCAAAGAGUAGACAGUUUCUGAACUCUUUGUGGGUCCUUUGCCUCAUGUUGGUCUUGUAUUUGUUUGUACAAAUCUUCUGAAUGUGAUAAAAAUAAACCAGAGAUUAUAGAAUAUUUCUCCCGCGAUCAAAUCUACCAUUUCUGACGGUCUUCACUGACGUAGAACUCAACAUGAAAUACCUCUUCAAAACUAUACUUUCAGAUGUCAUAUUGGAUUCUUUUUGAUUAUUAAGAUGUCGAUCCAACAAGAUGUUACAGGGUGGCUUACAGCUUUUGACUUGAACUUUAACACCGUAAACAUGAAUCUUUGUACGAUGUAAACAGCAAGGUAGAAAUCUUAAUGUGUUAUGGAGAGUGUGGAUGAACAGUUACAGAAGGAGGACACCUUAAUUGUUGUCACUGAAGUUAUGACCUUGUGAUGAGAACUUUACAUUGGAAUGGUUAUUGGAAAGAAACUUAAGUUCUAAAUGAUUGCCCCAAAUUUGUGUGCCCUUUAAUUUCUUGUUUUAUUGACUUGAAAAUGGGGGUUGAUGAUGGGGGAUUGGAGAUCACAUACUUUUUCUAGAUUCCCCAUCAGUAUUCUCUUCUAGAGUAGCGUCUUCCUUUUGUGUAGUGUUUGAGUGUGUAAAUACAAAGCUGUAUCUUGAACUUGCAGAAAUGUUAAGUUUCCUGUUGUGAAUAUAUGGGAUUCCCAGUAUCAGUGGUUCAAAAUAUACUGUAUGUGGAAAUCCACUUGAAUAUAUGGAGUCUUCCUCAGGGAAGACACUGUUGUCUUUUUCCACAGCUGCAGAUGGACCCUACACAUUUGAUUUACACCCUGCAUCAAAGGAAAUGCUAACAGUGGAGUCCCACAUUACACACAUUCCCACUUACUGACUCGUAAAGUCACCGAAGUUCUUGGUCAAUAAUAAGCAUGAUUGAAAAGUACAAGGUGUUACCGUUACUUUUUGGAUCAAUACCUCAUCGCUGGGACUGCGUCAUAUUUUUGGACUUCUGCAAUAUCAGGAGUAAGGUCCUGGUCAGAAAAGUUUACAGUGAUAAUUUUUCAAAAUGGAAUAGGACUGGCUUACCUGUUUGCCCACCUAUUCUUCAAUUUUGCAUUUUUAUUGUUAUAUAAAUGUGGCUUCUUUUGUUUUAAACUACCUGUUUCGCUAAAAUCUCCUGAUGAGAAGGUACCAAGAGUUUGUGACCCAAAGAUAAAAAUGAAGGGAAACCUUUUUAGACAAUACAUACUUUUACAGAAUGCAGUUUUUUGUUUUUGUGUUAUGGGCCAAUUUAAAUGAACCCUAAACCCAAACUGCUGUCCAAAUGUAUCGAGUAUUUAGGUAUAAUGAAUAUGGAAAACAGAAGAUACACUGUAAUUUUGUUAAGUGCAUCAUCUGUUGCUAGUGCCUAGAAUUAACUGUUUAAUAAGCUUAUCUUUUAGGUGGUGGGAUUGGGAAUUCAUUGUUAACAUGCUUAAGGCUAGGGUACUCUUGGUUUUUCCACAUGCCAUUCCAUCUCACGUACUCAAGCCCAAAGUAUACUACGGUUUUAAUGUAUGCGUUCAAUCGAAUGCUCUAGCCGUUCAAAGUAUACUUCAUCUGACACAAGCAGUCGGUUCAUGUGCGCUACGACUGCUUUGCGAUGCUUGACUAUUUCUCUUCUGGAGUUUAGACCCGUAAAGAUGUCUUCUAGUCUUUCGGGUUGAUUUUGGAAUGGCAUACUUCUGCAAUAUCUGUCUAUGGCAAAAACAGUAUGAGUAGUAUGCAAUUUCAAACUCUGAUUCAAGUUACUGGCAUUUACCUCUUCUUGCACUGCUUCAUGAAAGCAAUGGCCCAACUGUUAGUGUUGCCACCUUGUGGACCCACUAAUUAGUGCAAACAAUUCCAACCACAAGCACAGACUAUGCAUGCAGAGUAUGCACGCUUAGAAAAAUCCAGGCUAUGCGAGUAUAGUGCUCGCAUACCCUACUACUACCCCUGCUAGCGUACACUGGCAUAUACUUUGGGCUUCAGCCUUUCAAAUUGUACUCUUAUGACUGAGAGCCCAUAUGGACGUGGAUACUUUUUUAGCACAGUGAACGGCAGGCGCAAAGACGUGGAAUGUCCAUGUGUCUAGAAAGACUAGGCUGUGAAAUGUGCAUUACCCGCACUGUGCGAGAGAUGGUCUGGCACUCGGAAAACCAGUAUACUUUAACAUUAGCAUUUUUUUUUAUUUGCAACUUUGACAGUGCUUUGCAAUUUUGCUUAUCUGUCUAGCUGACACUCCUGAACAAGCAAGUCUAGAUAUGGUCAGCUACAUUACUAGUUCUCUUUUUCCAUGUUGUAAGUCUGACUGAUAUUAAAGUAUGUUACUUUGCAGCUAAAACAACUCAAUACAGUAUGUUUGAUCUAUGCAGACUGCAGGGUAUGUACCAGGAUGGAUACCAGUUAAAGAUUUUUGGCUAAAUGGUCAUUGCAGCUCAUUACAGUGAUUUUGAUAUAAAUAACUAAAGUGAAAUAGGUGUAUUUGAAAGAGUGAAAAUUUAAUUUCACUGUAUUUACAUGUCCUGGCUUACUACAUGUAGUUUAAAUAUGAAUAUUCAAAGGUCUUGAAAUUUUGCCUCUGUCCUAAUGCAAUUAAAUGGCCAUAUGUUUGCCAAUAGCCCAUCUAUUUAAUAAAAGGAGAAUUAAAAAAUAAUCUUGGCAUGUAAAUCGCUUUAGGUCACACCUAUUUAUUCAUUUACUGUUUGUGAAUGUUUGAUACACUCUUGUCAAAACUACAUUGCAACUUUGCAGUAGGUUGUGUUCUCCACUCUUUAAUGCCUGAAAUAGUUCAUUUGUGUGUUAGUUUUUGCAUUCAAUGGCUUUCAUGGAAAUCAGCAUGGUUAUAAAAUGAACUGUGCAUUAGAAGAAAAAAAUGGACCUGCAUUGAUACCCUGUAAAGAAGCUUUUUAUUUUUAUUUUUUAACCCUUUUUUUUAUUAAGCAAGAUGAACAGAAAACUGCCAAACACUCAUGCAAGUUUAAAAAACUUUGAAUGCAGUAAUUUGCCCAGAGAACUGCAUUAUUUUAAAAAAAACAACAAAAAAAAAAAACAUUGGUGUUUUGUUUUAUGUUAUGCAUGUUGACUUUUUUUUUUUUUUGUCAGUAGAUAUUUUGCUUUUUAAGAGACAUAUCAAUUAAAAAAAAUCUGUAUUGCCAUGCUUAAAAACAGAUUGUUCUAAUGUUGAAAUACAUCAUGGAGCAAUUAUAGUUGUAGUAGACCAGUGGGAUCAACUCUUUUCCAUGGAUAAUGUUUAGUGGUUUUCGAAUUUUACAGCAAAGUAGCUUUAAAUUGAUUUUAUACCAUCUGACCAAUAAAUGGCAAGUAUUACUAUGUGCUAUUUUUUUCUUUUCAUUGUUUCAAUUUGUGGUUUAUAUUUUGCACUGUCUACCUGUUUCUGCACACAUCUAUACCUCACUUUAGUUGGUAGUUUGCAAGCAUUACAUAGAAAUCAGAUUGUUUGCUCAGUUCAUUACCUCAUGGUUUUAUCAUAUUUACUUUUUGAUCAAAGCAUAAAAUAUAAGUUCUCUGUUAAAUUUGUAAUAGUGCAUUUGGGUUUAGUUUUGGCGAUAUUUGCUAAUAAGAAAAAGUUAAUAUAUCAAAGUCAGUUUGGGCAUACAAACUGUUUGAUGCUCGUAGAUGUACAGUAUUAUAUAGAAAAAUUGUGAAAUUGGACAAAUUCUAAAACAUAUCAGGGUCACAGUGAAAACAAUAUGAAUAGUUAGAUGGUAACUUACUGAAAAUGUAUGGAAUGCUCCAGUUGAUUAUAAACCACACUUUUUGAGAAAGUCAAAACUAAAUCCUUUCUUCCGAUGUUGCAUAAACUAUUUGGUCAGUGGUUUGAGAUUGCUUUUAGGGAAAAUGUCUUAUGUAUAUUUGGGUUUUUAAUUGGAUGAUUUUCAUUAAAAAAAUUUAACAAAUAUAUAUAUAUAUUUUUUCACCUUGAAAAAUGCUUGUUGUCAUAACCAGCAUUUAAUUGCUAUGUUUCCAAGAUUGUUUUAUCUAUCACUGAAAUGUCUUUUAAUGUGACUGGAAGUAAUUGUAAAGUUGUAUUAUGGCAAUACAUUAAAAGGUGAAAUUGUAUCAAUUAUA